AUCGCUUCAAGACGACAAAUCAUCGCUACGCCAGAACGAUGCGUUUUCAUGCUGCGCUGGCCCUUGCAGCAUGCCUUGCCCCGGCUGUCGCCAUCUUCGAGGACGACGCACAUCACAUUGAUUUCCAUCAUGCCCUCAUAGGCCGCCCGAAACACGAUGCCACCUUCUUCCAGAAGCCUUAUGCGGGUUCCAAAGCUUCCCUCCUCUACACCAUCUCCCAAAAUAACACUAUUGGAGCUGUGAAUCCCAAGGACGGAACAUUAGUGUGGCGCCACGUUCCGCCAGCCGAUGCUCGUGGACAGACUUCAUUGAGAGCGGGGGAGGAUCAAGACACUGUGGUGAGCGCAGUGGGAGACCGGGUAACUGCAUGGAGCGCCUCAGAUGGAAGGAUAGUAUGGGAUGCAAGAACACCGGGUGCAACUGUUGAAGAUUUGGAGAUUCUUGAACAAGAAGACGGUAUCACAAAUAGCGACUCCAAAGAUCCCAUCGUUCUCCUGAGCGGAGCGGAGCAGGCCAUCAAGAGAUUGGACGGCAAAACAGGACGAGUGAAAUGGACGUUUGAGGAUGCGAGUGGGGAUACGCCAUUUCAACUUUCGAGUUCGCCGAGUACUAUCUACUAUAUUUCGCUCCAUGCGCCAAUGCUCGGAGGUUCGAAACUGCGAGUGACAUCGAUAAGCCCUGUGACCGGCAAAAAGAUUGAUCAGUACACAUUGAGCUCCGAUGGCGAGAUUCAAAACCGUGACGACAUUCUGUUCGCUGGUGCGAAUACCGCUGCUCCACUGCUUGCCUGGACGGACAAGGCGAGAUCAGUCUUGAAAAUCAAUAUCAUUGGAACCAAGGGUGUUACCUCCAUCACUCCCCCAUCCGGGGAGCCUGUUCAGGACAUUAUUCUGCAUGCCCCGAACCGUAUCAAUUCACUUGCCCACUUCCUCGUAGAAUACAAGACUCGCAAGGGACAGGCAGCGGAAGUUUACCACGUGGACCUCAAAAAGAACAACAUUAAAAAGGCGUACGACCUUCCAGGGCUCUUUGGUCGCGGAACCUUUUCGGUUAGCACAUCCGAUGCUAACGUUUACUUUACCCGCAUCACCCUGCGUGAAGUGACCGUCACAUCAUCUGCAUCAGAUAAGAUUCUUGGGAAAUGGGAAGUAAAGGGAAUCGCUAGCCUAGUCGGAAGCUGGCCUGUUCAAGCAGUAUCCGAAGUUGUUGUUAAGGGUGGUUCUGCAACGGCAGUUAGGACUGCACUUUACUUCUCGAAUGGACAGUGGGUGCUUAUUCGCAAUGGCGAGGUAGCCUGGGAGCGCCCAGAGUUCCUUUAUGGUAUCACGUCCGCUACAUGGGCAGAGCUCGCAGAGCAGGAGGCCCUUGCACACGAGCUCGAGGUUGAAGGACACCAGAACGUUGUCUCGGCCUAUGUUCACAGGGUUAGUAGGCACGUUCGGGACUUGGAGCAGUUGCCCGCAUGGCUGCAAAGCAUUCCAAACCGCGUCCUGAGCAGUGUCAUUGGUAAGAAUGACGAAUCUGCCAUCGACGAGGUUCAACACGACCAUUUUGGCUUCCACAAGCUUGUUAUAGUCGCCACGGAACAAGGCCGACUUGCUGCCAUUGACGUAGGUUCUCAAGGAAAGCCAGUUUGGAACGUUGACUUGCACGAUUUGGCACCUGGCGUAACAUUCACUGCUCCAUCCGUGAAAGCGUUCCGUGGUUACGUCGAGGUUAAGGAUCCGGCCUCACCUAGCGCAUGGUAUGUCAAUGCCACAACUGGAGGGCUUCUUUCCCCUGUGGAUCUCAAGCAUGAAUCCCCAGUUACAACAGAUAAAAACAUCAUUACUUUUGAUCUGCUGGACGGUAAACUCAAGGGAUUCUUGAACUCUGCUCAAGGCUCAGCAGAGCCAAUCUGGACUUUCACCCCUCCUAGCGGAGAGCGUAUUACAAGCUAUGUCGCUCGUCCAUCUGUCGACCCGGUGGCAUCUAUCGGCAGGGUUUUGGGUGACCGUCGGGUUCUUUAUAAGUACCUCAACCCUAAUCUUGUGCUCGUCACCAGUGUCAUUGAGGCUUCGCAAUCAGCCUCGAUCUAUCUUCUGGACUCCGCCUCUGGACAGCUUCUUCAUGCUGUGUCCCAUAAGGAUGUUGAUGUGACAAGGCCAAUCCCUGCGACCAUCUCGGAGAACUGGUUCAGCUAUUCUUUUACUCUGUCAUCGUCUGCGACAUCAACACGUGGCUACCAACUCGUCAUUUCCGAUCUAUAUGAAUCCUCUCUCCCCGAUGACCGAGGUCCCUUGGGUGCUUCUUCCAAUUCAUCCACUGUCCAGCCCUCAGAUGCGAAGGGUGAUUCGAACAAACCUUACGUGCUGUCUCAGACCUUCCAAAUCCCAGAGGAAAUUUCUCAUAUGUCUGUCACGCAAACGAGACAGGGUAUAACCUCCCGUGAGCUCCUUGUCACUCUUCCCAACUCCAAUGCUAUCGUGGGCAUUCCACGUGCAAUCAUCGACCCCCGACGUCCGGUCGGCCGGGAUCCUACUGCUCAAGAAGCCUCUGAAGGUCUUGUCCGCUAUACCCCGCACCUUCUUUUCGACCCUAAGUGGCACCUAAACCACAAAUACGAGCUUGUUGGUAUCAAGAAUGUGAUCGCAUGCGAAAGUGGCCUUGAGAGCACAAGUCUUGUCUUCGCUUACGGACAUGAUGUCUUCGGCACCAGAGUAGCACCAAGUUUUGCGUUCGAUAUUCUUGGAAAGGGAUUCAACAAGAUCCAAAUGUUGGUCACUGUUGCGGCACUCUUCGUUGGAGUUCUUUUCGUGGCCCCUUUGGUUAGGAGAAAGCAAAUCAACACACUCUGGCAGGCGUGAUAGCCAGUAUAUUUAGAACAAGUCGGACACUUCUUGCACGAAUCGUUUCAUCAAGCAUUUGUAAGCGUAGAUAUAUACAAACAGAGUGGAUCUCGAAGGUCAGGGGAAAAGAACCACAACCUAGAAUAAUCUCAUGCCGCCGGCACAUACUAUCGAUGCAACGGCUCAGGACUUCCGAUCCGAAAGUCAGGUAGUGAAGGAAGUUAUGUACAUGUAGUUGUUGAUGAUACACAAAAUACCCAUUCGAUCUUUGAUCA